GCCAAAAACUCAAGAGCAGGGCGCCUUUUUCUUUCCCUCACAGGUUUCCGUAGAAGGCCAAGAGCUAGUUUUUUUGGCGCCUCUGUUAUUUGGAAUAAAGAAGACGACCGCGUGUUCCUCGUCUGUCGUCAAAGCUGAACCCAUUUGUUUUUAUUUGAGCAUUGAAGGUGCGUAUUCGGCUGUAAAACAAGUCAAUUGAAGUUCCUGCGUUUGUCGAAUUUCAAGCACAACAUGGGCAAGAAGCAGAAUACCAAGACUAAGAAGGAUUCACAGGGUGGGCAGGGCACACAAGAGGAACCUGAGGAAUAUGUGGUGGAAAAAGUUCUGGACCAGCGUAUUGUGAAUGGGAAGGUGGAGUUCUUCCUCAAGUGGAAAGGAUUUACAGAAGCUGACAACACGUGGGAGCCAGAGGAGAACUUGGAUUGUCCGGAGCUGAUCAACGCUUUCCUUGAAGCCCAGAAGAAUAUUAAGGAGAAACCGGGUUCUCUCAAAAGGAAGGCAUCCACAGACAAUUCUGAAAUGGAUGCCAAGAAGAAAGACGGUUCUGAAAAACCCAGAGGAUUUGCGAGGAACCUCGACCCAGAGAGAAUCAUCGGUGCGACAGACAGCAGUGGAGAGUUGAUGUUUUUGAUGAAAUGGAAAGACUCCGAUGAAGCAGAUUUGGUGCCGGCCCGUGAAGCCAACACAAAGUGCCCACAAGUGGUCAUCGCUUUCUACGAGGAGAGACUAACAUGGCACUCUUGUCCGGAGGACGAAGCUCAGUAGUUUCUGAUUGGCACGGCCUCAAAAGCCCCUUUUUCCUCAGGACUGACUCUCCUUCGUUGGCCUGGCCUUCUAGUUUUAGCUGUUUUAGUUUGCUUUUGUUCCGUCUUGUUCCAAUAAGAAUGUUAUCCUAAGUCUUUUUGUUGUCAUGAUAAAACGGUUGGUGGAAUUUGCUGCUUCACUGUCCCAGAACCGCUUGUGGUCGUGCGCGUUUUAUGCCGUUGUCAUUUUCACCUGUUGUUGGAAUCAUCAUCACAGCGCUUGCGUUGGGGCUGGUUUCCCAUCCCAUUGCGUAGAGCUGACCCUCCAGUACUGGCGGUCUUGUGCCAGCAGAUUUGCAUCCUUCAAGGUAACACCGUGUUGUUGGAGGUCGUCCGUGAUGGUGUCAAGCCAUCGAGUGUGGGGCUUUCCUCUUAGUCGUCUGCAGCCUUUGGGUCAAACUUCAGGAUGGCUCUUGAAGGGUGGUCAGGAGGAAGACUCGGAACAUGGCCAAGCCAGCGGAUGCAGCGCAGCCAGGCGGGAGGCUCUGGGCUGAUUUGUCUGGGCUCGCAGGGUUUCGUUGGAGAUCUGUUCUUGGAAGGAAACGUUUUUUUGUCUUGUUCCACACUGCUGUUUUUUUUUUUUUUUU